AUGUUCUCGACGUUCACAGUCCAACCGCUUUUACGUGGCGUGCACCUUGAUGACGCUUCCGCUGCAGCCAGCGAGUCAUCAGCAUCCCAAGGAAGGUCCUUUCUCGACCGUUCGUCCACAGUCAGUCCCUCGGGAACCAACAGCCCUGUCCCCAAGAGCACCAGCAUAUUCAACAGGAACACGCGCCCUGUUGUAGAAUCGUUGGAUAGUUUUGGUACGUGGGACAUUCCCCGUGCAUUCUGUGAAAGAUAUGCAGGAUUCACUUACAUCAAGGGUUAUUACGCGAAAACCAUCUUUAUCUGGGAACAUCGGAUGGGCAUCUUCUCCACUAUUUCAUUGAAGAGCAAAUCGCCUCCCAGUCCGUAUGUGCCUUCCUACUCUCCUCCUCUUGCUGUCGAUGGCACCAUGGAACUCGGUCUUCCGAAAGGAGCGUUGGUGGUAACAAUGUGGAAGAACUUUACUUGCUUGGCCGACGCCAACGAUUUCAAUUUGAUCGACAAUCGAGUGGGCAGGAUGAUCCCGGUGCUCCCAGUCGUUCAGAAUUCAGGAUCCAGUGCUCAAGUCUUGAAGCCUGUCUGCAUUGCCGUCACAGAGAACGAGUUCCUUUUGGCGAGUGCAACCACUUCAGGACAGACCGCCAUUGGUAUUUUUUGUUCAGGAGCUGGAGAUCCAGUCCGUGGAACGCUACAGUGGUCCAGCUAUCCACGGGCAUUAGGAAUCGAAUUUCCCUAUGUGGCUGCACUUUUGCGCGGCAACAUUAUCGAGGUUCACAACAUUCUCGACCAAAAACUGGUCCAAACCAUGAGAUUCGACUCUGCCCUGGAAAUAAGAACGCUCGUGCAAGGACCUGGUUUAGCGGUGUGGAUGUCGUCACUUGCAAGGGCGUUGGUAUACCAGUCCUCGCACCCAUCAGAGGCGGAGAGUCAGAGUCAGCAGGAGACCAAUCGAAUUGCAACUGUGUUGGCAAGAGUUUUGUUUGCGGGAAAGGACACUGUGUCCGCACUCGUCACCACACCCCUCGUCCUGCAUGCCGAUAACUUGCUUCAACAAGGUCGUGUCGAAGAAGCAUUACUAUUGUCAGAAAAGGCGAACGCAACCAUUUCAGAUGAAAAUCGACAUCGGGAACGCCUUCAGGCCGAGCUCGACUUUAUUCACCAGAAAUCAGGAUUGAUAUACCUCGAGGAGACGCUUUUUGAGGACGCCUUUGCGCUCUUCUUGCGCGGCCGAAUCGACCCAAGAGUCAUCAUCUCUAUGUUCCCGGAUGUUCUGCAGCAGCCAGAUCUCAUCGCCAAUGUCAAGCUCUUUGGAGGCGUCCGUGAACUCUUGAAUCAACGCGGUACUAUCCAAGAUAUCAUUAAUAGAGCAGUGGCUAGAAAUGGAGAUCAAGGACCCGAGCUCGGGAAUAUGUUUUUGACGAAUGCCAAGGAAGUCUUCCUGCAGUACCUCGUCAAGUGCAAGCGGCAGUACAGAACAACCAAAGGACGUCCAGGACCUAUCGCAGAGGCUAUCGACACGGCGCUACUGGGGCUUUGGGUCGACAGUGGUGACGACAAGAAUCUGUUACAACUUCUCGGAACUGCGAACGCGUGCAGACAGGAUCUUUCGGAGGCCAAGCUUAGGAGCACUGGCAAGCAUUAUGCGCUGUCCAUCUGGUACAAAUCACACAAGAAGCAAGGGGCCGCAUUGGAGAUCUGGAAGAGCUUGAUCCAGGGAGAACUGGAAGAUAGUUCAUCGACUGUCAGCUUGCAGGAUAUGGCGACUCUGUUGCUCUCGCUUCAAGAUGUGGCGGUUAUUGAGGAGUACGGAUGGUGGAUUGUUGGCCGAGACGAGACCAUUGGAUUGAAGAUUUUCAUGCCAGGAGACUCUAAGCGCGCUGCUUUGUUUGACCCGGAUCGGGUGCUAGAGAGUUUCAGGAGCAAGGUCAGCCAGGAAGGUAUCAUGACCUAUCUUGAAUACCUGGUCACGCAGAGAAAGAGUGAAGUGCCUAAACAUCGUACAAUGCUGUCUCAACUUUACGUUGACAACAUCGUCCGUGCGGCGGCAAAUUCACAAUCAUCAACGAAACACCAGGAACUCAUCAACGAGUUCAAGGAGCAACAAACUCGCAAGUUGAUGGCCUCGGGAGAUAUCAAGUCUUUGGAAUCCGCAGGAAUCAUGGAUACCUUCUUGUCGUACCUUCAGUCUAACAGCAAGGUGGACCCAAUUAGCAGCUAUCGCGCCAAGCUCUCUCAGCUCUUGCAGUCAACUCCCGUUUUGGAUGCAGACGAGAUUUUGGCCAAAGUGAAGAGCAUCCCUAUUCUCCGGUACGAAGUCGCUUUGCUGCUAGCACGGACGGGAGAGUUUGAUGAGUGUAUUGGGAAUUUGGUGCAAGAGGUCAAGGAUUACCAGGGAGCCGAGAUUUUGUGCUUGAGUGGCGGUAACUUCAAGAGCCGCAGCAAAGGAACAAAGGCAGCGACAACGAGUGAAGGAGAUGUACCGAAAGUGACAGCUACCGAGCUCGACAAGCGGAGAAAGCUGUUCAUGGUUCUGCUGAAAGAAUAUCUUCGGCUGCCCGAGGACGAUGGUGGAAUGAACCUGACCCUUCGACUGCUCAAUUCUCAGUCGUCGUACUUGGACAUUUCUGAGGUGGUUCAAUUCCUGCCAGAGUAUUGGUCGGUAGAGUCACUUCAGGAAUAUUUGCUACGAUCGUUGCGGAGGAGUCAUCAUGACUUUAAAGAGAUCCAGGUCGUCAAAGGACUUUCUUUAGGAGAGAACCUACGGAUAAGCGAAGAGCUCAUCCAGUUGUAUGAGACCCAGGGACCAGUGGUGAUCACGGCGAACGAUGAAUCAGACAUGGGUCACGUCAAACUCGCCAACUACUCGCUUGCCUACAAGAGGAUCAAGAAUGCCGCGUUCGGAGACGGAGGGGCCAGCAGCACCGUACUCUUCUUUGUGUCUGCAGAUGUUGACUCUAUCUGCGCCUUCCGCAUGUGGACCACUCUGCUCAAGUCAGAUUGCAUUAGCUACGUAGUGGUACCCGUCUCUGGGAUGGAUGAUAUCCGGGCAGAGUCCAAGAUCAUGAGUGCCUCAAUCCGUUCAGUGCUGAUGUUAAACUGCGGGGGAUUGUUCAACUUGGAAGACUACAUGGAACUCUCGGAGGAUGUGACCAUCUACGUUCUAGACAGUCAUCGACCUGUGAACCUCCGCAACGCAUUCUGGAACAACGAGAUUAUCGUCUUUCACGACAGCGAUCUGGACAAGGACCUUGCGCAGGAGAAGGACGCCAUCAUCUUUACAGAAGAAAACGAGUACGAUCAAGGCGAUGAAGAUGACGAGUCGGAUCAGGAAGACGAAGAGGACGAUGAAGACGAUGGCGAUGACAGGAACGACCGGGAAGACGAUGACCACCGGCGGACAAGACGGAAAACAGGGGUCGACUCAGAGGUGGCCCCACGUCAAGUCAACCGUCAAUGGAAGGAGUCUCGGGCGAUUAUUGUCGAGUAUAUGUCGAAAGGGUCCACCAUGGGCACAUCGAUCUCCAAUCAGACAUAUAUGAUGGCGACCCAGCUCGAUCGAUCCUCGUUGGACCUGCUUUGGUUAGCCAUCGUCGGACUGUCGUCGCAAUACCUGAGCGAGCAGAUCAGCCAUCGUGACUACUUGGUGAUCACUCAAACAUACAAGGACGAGUCGGAGCGACUGGCCCGAGCCGGCGCGUUGGCAGAAGAGCAAGGUGGCGCGAGCAGGAGCAGCAGCGUGGACGACGGAGCUAUUCGGUGUACCGAGGAGUACCGCUUCAUGAUGGUCCGGCACUGGUCGCUCUACGAGAGUAUGUACAACUCAAACUACGUGGCGUCGAGGCUUGGCAUCUGGCGGGAACCAGGACGACAGAGGCUGUUGGCACUACUUGCCAAAAUGGGGUUCUCUUUGGAGGAAUGUAACCAGGUCUUUGCACACAUGAGCAUUGACUUGAAGAGGAUCUUGAAGGAACGGGUCGAGAUGGUGGCACCAGAGUACGGUUUGCACGAAGUACUGUACACUUCAUUCACCCGCUCAUAUGGAUACAGGGGUUUGAUGAGCGCAAGUGACGUCGUCUAUUCAGUGACUAGCCUGCUGGAGACUUCACCCGCGUCCCUCGUCGCGAUGAAAUACAGCCCGGAGUGGAUAACGGAGGAGAUGAGGACAAAGGCGGCGUUGGCGGAUGUGAGCAGUUCGGUACAAGGAGGCGAGGACGAGAGGGCGUCAUGGUGGCAUGCAAACUUUUUCCGAGCCUGUGACUCGCUGGAUGGCUCUGGAGGAGAGGGUGACCAGCUUCGACAAGGACUGAAGCUGUGUAUGCAGGUGCAGAAGGCGGUGAUCCGCCAAGGCAUCGCGAUUAUUGAGAAGCAGGUCAUCAUCACGCUGUCAAAAUGUCGAGUGGCGACCCUGAAGGAUGGGCCGGAUCUGCCUGUCUUUUGGGAUCCUCUCUCUCUCCACAAGCUGGCGCAGUUCCUCGUCUAUGCGAUCAGGGAAUACGGGAGCAGCAAGAGUGGACAUCGGCCGAUCCCCCUUGUCGUUGCCGUCUUGAAGGAAGAUACCCAGACAUUUGUUGUCACAGGGGUGAGUGGGUCGCCAGUCAUCGGCGAAGUCAUUCCCAACAAAUUCGGAAAUGUGUUUGAGAGGAUCUCCUACAACGAAAAGAUACCUGUCAAGCACCUUGGGUUUGACAAGUCGGUGAUUGAGAUUGACCGGGACGACUUAGAGGCGUUUAUGAAGUCGAUUGGGCGGUACAUGCGAUCCUGA